CGGAGCUGCUGGAGGGGGCUGCUCCGCGCCGGGGCCGUUGGCUCCAGACAAAUAAACAUGGAGUCCAUCUUCCACGAGAAACAAGAAGGCUCACUUUGUGCUCAGCAUUGCCUGAAUAAUCUGUUGCAAGGGGAGUAUUUUAGCCCUGUGGAGCUGUCCUCGAUUGCACACCAGCUGGAUGAAGAAGAAAGGAUGAGGAUGGCAGAAGGAGGCGUUACCAGUGAGGACUAUCGCACAUUUUUACAGCAGCCUUCUGGAAAUAUGGACGACAGCGGCUUUUUCUCUAUUCAAGUUAUAAGCAAUGCCUUGAAAGUUUGGGGUUUAGAACUAAUCCUAUUCAACAGUCCAGAGUACCAGAGGCUCAGAAUUGAUCCUAUAAAUGAAAGAUCCUUUAUAUGCAAUUAUAAAGAACAUUGGUUUACAGUUAGAAAAUUAGGAAAACAGUGGUUUAACUUGAAUUCUCUGCUGACGGGUCCAGAAUUAAUAUCAGAUACAUACCUCGCACUAUUCUUGGCUCAGUUACAGCAAGAAGGUUAUUCUAUAUUUGUUGUUAAGGGUGAUCUGCCAGACUGCGAAGCUGACCAGCUUUUGCAGAUGAUCAAAGUCCAGCAGAUGCAUCGACCAAAACUUAUUGGAGAAGAAUUGGCACAGCUCAAAGAACAGAGUGUUCUCAAAGCAGAUCUGGAACGAGUCCUAGAGGCGGCCGAUGGGUCGGGAAUGUUGGAUGAAGAUGAGGAUGAUUUACAGAGAGCUCUAGCGAUAAGUCGUCAGGAAGUUGAUAUAGAGGAUGAAGAAGCUGAUCUCCGAAGGGCCAUUCAGCUUAGUAUGCAAGGUAGUUCCAGAAGUAUGUCUCAAGAUAGUCCGCAGACACCAAGUACCAAUCUUACUUCAGAAGAGCUGCGGAAGAGGAGAGAAGCCUACUUUGAAAAGCAGCAGCAGCAGCAGGAGGAGGUAGACCAACCUAGACAGCUUUCAUACCCUUGUGAAAGACCGACCACAAGUUCAGGAGGACGUGGGAACAACCAAGCAGGUGAUGGUGUGAGUGAAGAAGACAUACUCCGGGCAGCUGUAACCAUGUCUUUAGAAACUGCUAAAGAUAAUUUGAAAGCAGAAAGAAAAAAAUAAUACCUUUCAAAAUCAUUUUGCUCCUCAUCCUUUCUAACAUUGUCUGUGUGAUUACAGUGUAAGGUCCACUUUGGCAGUGUGUUCACUGGAAGAGAUAAGACACUUUGGUGGUUUAUAAGCAAAGGAUAAGAAAGCCAGAAACAUGUCAUAGGACUAAGUAAUGACCCGGAUGCUAGCCAAAGAGGCAGUCAGCAACUAAAGAAACUUAAGAUAGUUUUCUAAAUGUCCCUUUUUGUGUUUCAAGUGUGCAAUAUCUAACUGAAAUUAGGGAGUUUUCUUGGCUCUUUGUGGACCAACUAACUAGCUCUUGCCAUUGAACUUGAUUUUGUAUUCUUGUUUUCAUUUUCUCUCUUCAUUGGAGGUGGCUUGGCUCACUUGAGCUUCUGUUUCAUGUAAUCUCUGGUUGUGGUUAUUCUCCCACAACUCUAACAUGGUAAUCUGUUCUGAGGUUUGACUUUUUAAGCCCUCUCUAGUGGGAUUAUUGUUUGUUAACUUUGGUGCAUUCCUAUACUCUGAAGUCAGAACUCUGCUCGAGUAUUUGACUCUAAAUGAGCUGGAUUUUGUGUGAGCAUGUGUUUUCUGGGUGCUUUGUGAAGGUUUCCAGUUAUGUCCUGUUUGACAUCUAUAAUCCUUCCUGCACCCUGUUUCCUUUCUUUUCCAGUUGAGAAAGGGAGAAGCAAACACAUUCCCUUCUUUUUUUUUUUUUUUUUGGUUUUUCGAGACAGGGUUUCUCUGUGUAGCUUUGCGCCUUUCCUGGAACUCACUUGGUAGUCCAGGCUGGCCUUGAACUCACAGAGAUCCGCCUGGCUCUGCCUUCCGAGUGCUGGGAUUAAAGGCGUGCGCCACCACCGCCCGGCUUCACAUUCCCUUCUUACUUAACAUGCGGCCACUAUGAAUGUACUGCAGGAGAAACUUGGCCUUCAGUGUUGGUGUCGGGUUUGUUUUCGUUUUUUUCUAUUGUGACAGGAGCUUUAUGUUCUAGUUACAAUAAGUCCUGGAAUAUAGAUGCCUGCUUCUUCUUUUUUUUUUUUUAAGUGGAAUAUAGCCUGCUGGGAUGGUGGUCUAGAAUGUGAAAGUAAUUUAAUAAUGAAAAUAUAUAAAUAUACUGUGGGUUGACCCUUGCAAUCAUGUUUAAAUUGUUUAAGAAUUACAGAAGUCAGAGUGGCUCUGUCUGUAAAUAAGAAAGCCCUUAGUUUUGAUAAACAUUGUUUAAUUGUGAUGCACAGUCUCUCUGGGUCAAUACUUUGGUAUGAUUUGGGUGAAAAUUAACUGUGUCUCAUGGGUGUCAUAGAUUCUGAUAUCUGCUCUCCCUCCCUCCCUCUCUAUCCCCUUUUGAAUGUUGACUUGUACAUAGGUAAAAUCCAAGAAGAAAUUUUAGCCAACAGUUUAGGAAGGUGAAGAAUGGUAUAUCGCUGUACUGGUGUGUGUUCUGCACACGUUUUAUCAGGGAAAGUUUUUGAUGUAGGAUUUAUUGCUGUCUAACUGCAAAAAAAAUACAAAUAUUUUUAUUUAUGAUUAUGAAGUAGUUUUUUCUUGGAUAGGGCAGAUUGUCUUGUUUUGCUUUGCUUUGCUAGAGAUUGGACCCAGGGCCUCAUGUGUGCUAGGCAGGCACUCUACCUCUGAGCUAUAUCCCCAGUUCCAAAACAGGUGAAUUUUUUUCUUAAUCAUUUUGUGCCAAUUAAAGUGGGUUCUGUUUUUUUUUUUUUUUUGAGUUGGCUUUAUGAAAAAUUAGUUAGUCUUAUUUUAAAAUCUAUGAAGUUUUCUUUUAGUAAUUGCAAAAUUUCAGAAGAAUUGUGCAACUUUAGGGUGUUGGAGUUAGGACCUUUCUUACUAUUCACAGAUAAGUGUUAGACUGAAGUAUGUAACUACCCCAGUGUGCCAGUCACAUUGUCUGGACAUUGGCCCUUUCUUUUUCUCUUUGAAAGAUCACAAACUUUCCAUACGGUUUGAUUGAUGAGCUAUCUGAUAGAAAAAUGAGAAAGCCAAUAUGCAUUUCAGUUUUAACUUUAGAGUUUAUAAGACAUUCAUGUAACACACCCUAGUUAAAUCACUUAUGAAAUACAGCAUGUUGAUCUUAUUAGAGACAUUUUGAAGAGAAACUUAGCAUACACUGAAUAUCUGAGUGUAUUUUUUUUAGUUUGUUAUGAAUUGUUAUAUUUGGCAAGGCAAAUCCAGACUCACUAUUAACUGCCAUCUCUUUUGGAUUGACCUAGACUUACCUGAACAUCUGGAUUUCAUUAUUAACGGGUAGCCAGUAUGAAAAGAUGCCAAUGCUUAUAACCACAGUAUACAAAAGUGCAAAAGUUCUAUGAAUCUCUAGUUCAUACACCAGGAGCUGCCUGUAUAUGUACAGCACUGCAUGACAGUCAGGGGCAAGGAAAUCAAUCCACGGUCACAGUUGUGCUGUGGACUUGACUGACAUUUCCAUUCUGUUUUUACCAAUUGGGAGCACCUUAAUGUUUAAUAUUUAAACUACUGGUAUCAUUUUUUCUAAUGUGUAACUUACACACCAGAUAAAAUAUGUACAUAUGCUAGUGUAAGAACACUUUGGAAGGCCAGGCAUAGUGUUGCAUGCCUUUAAUCCCAGAUCUCAGGAGGCAGAGGCCAGUAGAUCUCUUUGAGUUCAAGGCCAGCCUGGUCUAUAUAGUGAGUUCCAAACCUGCUAGAGCUGCACAGUGAGACCUUGUGUUUAAAAAAGAAAAGAAAAGAAAAAUAAACUUUGGAAAGACCACUUUCUUAUUUUGGGAUGUCAUGAGUUUAUAUUUUAAAAAUCCAGAGUAGCUGCCAUCUGGCCUAAACCACAAAUCAAAAAGAAAAAAAAAAAAACAAAAAACAAGACAGUGAUAUGCAGACAUUUCACUGAUAUAAAUUGUUUGAUACAGUAGUGCAGGUAAAUUCUGCACUAAACUUUUAAGACCUUGGCCAAAUCAUUUACAAGUCACAGGUGUUAUUUAAGGUGGUGCUUUAUUUUCCCCUGCAAACUUGAUUUUUCUUGAUGAAGCCAAAGUUAAUGAGGAAGAAUGCUCAAAUUGAGUAGUCUGAAUUGUUUUAUUAUCAAGUUGAUUAAAGUAAGUUUUAUUCAUGUCAGAGUCUAAACCACACAUUUUGAAUACUUGCAUGUUUGGUACUAUUUUUAAAUCAUGACAGUGCCAGGAAUUACUAAAUUCUUACAACUGGCCCCUGUGACCUGCACAAAUCCACAUUGGGUAGUGCAGAACCAGACUGCUAUCUGAAGGUCUUAAGCUGGGAAAUCCUGAUGUUUUAAAUUAGUAAGAGGAUUCAGAUUCAGACCUUUGAUUCCAGCUUUAAAUUCAGCAGCAAGGAUGUGCUCAAUGGUAGAGCAGUUACCUAGUGACCCCAGCCUUGAGUUCAGUCCUUACCACUGCAAAGGAACAAAAGUUGAAAAUGCAGUCUACAUUUAGAGAGGCCUUAAGGAAAUACUUUUAAAGUGAAGUGUCUGCUGUAUUUUAGCUCUGCGAAGUAUAGAACUACGAUACAUGUGACCUUAAUUAAGAAAAAACAGAUUAGAUUAAUCAGUAGUGUGGAUAAUUUCUGUUUUUCAUUUUUAAAACAAAAACUCUCCCUUUAUUCCUAAUUUGUCAAUAAUAAGGUAAAGAAACAAACUGGUUUUGUAUUUUUUUAAAAGUGUUAUACAUAAUAAAAAGUUUUGUUUAGUCUUUCGUGAAUGAAAAGGAUAUUGACUUUUUCUUAAUUUGAAGAUUUUUUUUAUUUGUAUAAUGGUCUGUCAUUUUAAGAAUUAGCACAAAAUAAUAUACUCCCUAAAUUUAUGGAGGUUUAAUAGUGCCAGCACACUUUUAAGACUGCAGUCACAGAUAAGGUAUUAGUGGAAAGUGUGUGGGAAAUGCAGUUAUUUAGGAAAUACUCGCUUGUUUCUUGCAUAGUUUGAAGGUGGUAUGUUUCCUGGAAUUUUUUUAAGGAUUUUUUUUUUAAGAGGACGACAGACAUUUGAAAUGUGAUUAUCUAAUUUCUACAACACUGGACUAAAUAGGAAUAACUUUUUUUUUUAAAUGACUGUUCUGUAUAAAUAAAAUAUUUGAAACUUAAGUGCAAAAGCCGUGAAAUAAAAAGGCAUUGUCUUCUGGCCAAUACGAUGCACUGUGGCAGUGCUGUUCGCUCAGGACCCAACUCUGCAGCCCUUCCUCAUGUGCCCGGUCUCCUAGAGUUCUGGUCUCCUAGAGUUCCGGUCUCCUAGAGUUCCGGGCUGCCACUCCACAGGUCUUCCGUCUGUCUACUCCUUCGAAAGCUGGGCUUCCAAAGCACUGUUGAACACCGAGGGUUCUGUUGAUGUGGAUGUUAAUGAGCUGUAUUUUAAAUAUCAGAGAUUAUUAAAUAAAGAGAAUGAUUGCUUUUCUAUUAA